AUGCAAAAAGCAUUUCAGAAUACAGUAGUACAACAAAAAACAGAAUUUCAAUCUGUAUUAGAAAAACAUGAUGCUGAACAUAAAGCUGAAAUAGAAUCUAUAUUACAACAAAAAUCAAAAAAAAUAUCACCACCUAUACCACCAAAAAAUACAGAUGAAAUUAAUAGUGCUAUAUUAUUAAAAGAAUUAUAUAGUAUAGGAUAUAGAGAUGACCCAUUAGUAGAUUUUAUGGAAACAUAUAAAAAGCAUAGUGAUGAUAUAAAAAGAACACAUAAUAAUAGAAUAGGAAGAGUGGAAAAAGGACUGAAUGAAACUCGUGAAUCUGUGAACCAAUUAAUCGAAGAAUUUCAGAAAAUAAAUAUAAAUAAAGAUAAUACUGCGAAAUCUAAUUUUAUUCGAUCUUAUUUCACACCUCUUAAAUCUUUAUAUCAUCAAUAUGAAGAUGAUGAUAAUAGUGGGUAUGAAGAAGAAAAUGGCAUAUGGCUUGAUAAUAAUUCUGAAAAAAAAAAUGGGUUCAAGAGAAAAAAUCAGAUGAGUGAUCCUAGAUCUGAAUUCGGUGCGAUAAAUGAUCCUGCAAUUAAGGCGCAAUUCCAAACAUAUUACCAAUUCAUUAGGAUGGCAUGUCAAAUAUUUGAAAAGUUCAAGGCUCCAGUAGCGAAGGAUCCACCAAAAAAGACAGAGAUCACAGAAACAUUGAAUUCCGAUGAAUUGGAAACUCGAGACUCUAACUCUUUAUCUAGUGAAGAAUUAAAAAAAAAAUUAACUAUGUAA